AAUAAUAACUACACGAUUACAUAUAUCAUUAUGGAAUUUUCAGAUAGACUACUCAUACAUUAAACAUUAUAAUGCAAUGUACUAUUUUCAUAUUUAGGGAAAAGCAAGCAUCUAAUUUCCGUAACAUUUGUAUCAAGUGAGUUUUAUUUUCUUUAUAAAGGUUUUUAGUGAUUUCCAUUUGAAGGAACGAAAAGAAUGAAGCAUCCAGUUGCAGAGGCGAACGAGGUGAGCCCAUUCGGGUCAUUGAGCCCCGACGAGUUCUAUUCUCACCACUCAGUGAGUCACGGCUCCGAGUUCAUCACUAAUUCUCGAGGUCUCAAACUCUUCACUCAGUGGUGGACCCCACUCCCUCCCGCUAACCCUAUCGGCGUCGUCUGCGUUGUUCACGGAUUCACCGGCGAGUCCAGCUGGUUCGUUCAACUCACCGCCGUUCACUUCGCCAAGCACGGUUUCGCCGUCUGUGCAAUCGAUCACCAAGGCCAUGGCUUCUCCGAUGGCCUCGUGGCUCAUAUACCCGACAUUAACCCCGUCGUCGAUGACUGUAUCUCCUUCUUCGAUUCUUUCCGUCAGCGCCACGCGCCGCCGUAUCUCCCGUCGUUUCUCUACGCUGAAUCUCUCGGCGGCGCAAUUGCACUUCUCACCACUCUCCGGCAGGGAGAUUCUGCUCUUAAUAGGCCUUUUGACGGCUUCGUUUUGAACGGGGCCAUGUGCGGUAUCAGCGCUAAGUUCAAACCGCCGUGGCCAUUGGAGCAUCUUCUGGAUAUUGCAGCAUUUCUCAUUCCCACAUGGCGCGUUGUACCCACUCGCGGCUCUAUUCCUGAAGUCUCAUUCAAGGUGGAGUGGAAGAGGAAACUGGCAGUGGCAAGCCCUAGGAGGCCUCUAGGGAGACCACGAGCGGCGACAGCGCGUGAACUGGUGAGAGUAUGCGGGGAUCUGCAGAGGAGAUUCGAAGAAGUGAAGGUGCCGUUUCUGAUCAUACACGGCGGCGGGGACGUCGUCUGCGAUCCGGCUUGCGUCGAGGACCUUUACCGGCGAGCGUCUAGUGAAGACAAAACUCUGAAUGUUUACCCGGGAAUGUGGCACCAGCUGGUAGGAGAACCAGAGGAGAAUGUGGAACAAGUGUUCGGAGAUGUUUUGGAGUGGCUGACAACCAGAGCAGAGCGUGCCGCCGGGAAGAAAGCGGCAGAGGACGGCGGCGCGUAGAUAAAGUAGUGAAGGGCUUGUGAUAGGAAGGUAGUUGGAGGUUUGCAGUUGAAGAGUGGUUGGAUUAUUAUUGGUGAUAUCGUACUGAAUUUAAGGGUGGUAAAGGAAUCAAGGAUAUUAUUAAUUAUUGCAUGGGGUAAUAGGUUCAAAUAAUUGUUAGAGCUGGGACAAUAUAUUUUGUUUUUGUUGAGAAAUUUACGUAGCUAUACUAGUAUCACUUUUAUUUAGGUU